GAUAGAUAGAUAGAUAGAUAGAUAGAUAGAUAGAUAGAUAGAUAGAUAGAUUGCCUCUCAUUGCCAACUUUGUUUAGUUGGACAAUAUGCUGCUUUGCGUUUCGUUUAUUUAUUCCAUCGGCACCCUAAAAAGAGUAAAGAAGAACCUAAAAAGCUGUGUAAAAAGGAGUGGACAAACACAAGUGGUAUACCUAUUCCAUGAGGUAAAGGGCGCAGUCUCUCUCUCUCUCUCUCCCUCUAUUUGUUCUCAGCUCUCUCUCUCUCCCUCUCUCUAUUUGUUUACGUCCGUAUGUGUGCGUGCGUGUGCCCUCUCUCUCUCUCUCUCUUCCCAUCUCCCUCCCUCUUUUCCCCCCUCUCUCCCUCCCCCUCUCGCUUUACAGGUGCGCACACCAGUGUGAUGCAUCAUCAUUUCUGGCACACACGCCCUGCCCUCCAUGUCAUCGGGAUGGACGUGUUAAAGCGGAUGGGAGGCUGCCUCUUACUUUUGCUCGUUGCCAUCAUUUUUGAUAUCAUCGGUGUCGUCGUGCUCUUCGUUGGGAUUUUCGCGAACCUGCGCAUUGACGGACAGUUUUACGGCGACUUCUUGAUCUACACGGGCUCCCUGGUGGUUUUCCUAAGCCUCUUCCUUUGGCUGCUGUGGUACGUUGCCAACAUCCAGGUGCCCGACCGCUACUUUAACCCGUAUGACAAGAACAGCGUGGUGGAGCGACUGGCGAGGUCCAUGUCCAGAAAGAUGAGCCAGAAACCUGGAACGGUGAAACGCGUCAAACGCGCAGAGAACGGCGACGAGUCUAUGAAGACUCCCGCGCACAAGGCCAGCAGGGUGACAUGGGGCAGAAAUUCGGCCUUCCAUAACGAGGGCUUUUGCGGCGAUGACGGUUGCAAAGAUUAUGAAGGAGAAUCAGUGGACUCCCCCACUCUGGAAAAGAAAUUGGCGAAAAUGGAGAGCGAAAAGGGAUACCAGGAUUUGCCGCCCAAUCACGUUGUUGAUGAGUGAGAUCUAAAAAAAAAAAAAAAGUUUUGUUUUUUUUUUUAGAAGAAAAAACAAUAAGGAAGUUCUGCAGCAGUAGCGUCCAGACAGGGCCGUAUCCAAGUCUAAAGGUCCUUUAAGCACUUUGUAAAUAUUUUCUUACUUUAUCAACUAUGAUCAAUAAGCAAUGCUCUAAGCAUGUUUUUUUUUCUCCCCCAAAUAAAAAUAUAUAUUUAUGAAGAA